GAGCAGGCGGUUUAUUUGGUAACACAGCAAACACCAACACCGGCGGAGGGUUAUUUGGCAACACGGGAGGUACUGCAAACACUGGUGGAGGGCUCUUUGGCAACACAGCGCAGCCACAGCAGAACAAUCAAGCCGGUGGGCUGUUUGGCAACAACAGCUUAGUACCGAAUAACAACCCGUCCUCUGUCCUUCCGAACAACAAUUUGAAUCAGAUCCAGAACAGCAACUACCAAAACACACUGCAGCAGCAGAACCAACUGCUGCAAAUCUUGAACCUGCCGGACAAAAUUUCCCAGAUGAUCGCGGAGGAGCGCGCACGGCAAAUGCCAGUGAACAGUAAUCAGAACGGAACAUCCGGAAACACCGCCAAUUACGAAACCGCGGUCGACGCCCCGCCCCGGCCGCUUGGCCUCGUCACGCCCAAAACCCCGCCAAAAAUCGCCAAUCUGUGGAAACACGCGCAGCCCGAGCCGAUCGCGCCCAACGGGAUGGUGGAAAGGCACCGGGUUGUUUCCGGGCACUACAGCUCCGCUGCAAGCUCGGUUUCCGGCACCAGCCGGGGAAGGUACGGAAGAGACUAUCUCGGGUCGAUUGACAAUUUGAUUUCGAGGUCACCGUCGCUAUCACCGAAGAGCCAGAUUGGGGAGGACAGG